UCCAGUUCGAACAGUAGUACUAGCCAUCAGUCACCGCUACACACGCACGCAGCCACCCCCGUGUGUGGUAGGACGAUCUAGUACUACAAGUCAUCAGCAGCGAAGAGAUGGCUUGGACGACCUCCUCCCGCCGCGCGGUCGCCUCCGCCCUCUUCGUCGUCCUGCUGCUCCUCGCAGCCUCAGAGACGGGGCCGGCGCGGGUGGCGGAGGCGCGGCACUGCCUGUCGCAGAGCCACAGGUUCGUGGGCGCCUGCAUGAGCUACCGGAACUGCGAGGGCGUGUGCAGGACGGAGGGCUUCCCGUGGGGCGUCUGCAGGUGGCACGGCAUCGAGCGCAAGUGCUACUGCAAGAGGCUCUGCUAGGCGGGCCAGGCCCCGUUUGCUCCCAUGGCCCUGCAAUGAAUUAGCUAGCUUGACCGGCCGGCCCGGCCCGUUUUCUGUUUACUUCACCGCAUUGCAUUGCAUAGCUUGAACCGGUUGCCCCGGCCCGUUUGCCGUUAUUCGCGUGCGCGUCUGUACCAUUCCAUGUCGCGUGCUUUACCGUGUAAGAUGUUCUAGCUACCUGCUAUCGAAUAAUAUAUAAGCUAUGUCGUCGCCAAAUUAUU